AUGAUUGGGCAUGCCGUGAAGAAAGCGAUUCCCAAGGCAAAACGAGAGGAGUUCCCGUACUUCAGCGAGGAUCAUUUCGAGAGAGUCCAAGAUGCCUACCUCAACGCUCUGGACUACAUGGCGGAUUGCUUAGAAGAGCUCGAGCCGACAGUGAGUCCGAAUCAUUCGAGUAUCUUUUACGUCGACAGACGUCCGGAUGCGUCCGCGACUGCGUCCGCGUUUUUGUUGCAGCAUCUCCCUCUCAUUCAAUUACCGCCGUUUGAUGGUAAACCCGACGAGUGGACACAGUUCCGCGAUCGAUUUACUGCGCUGAUUCGCGAUAAUAAAGAUCUGAAUUUCGCUCGCAUGCACUUCCUGUCCUCGUGCUUGAAAGGCCGCGCCGCAGAAUGUAUUGCGAAUCUUCCUGUUACCGCGGAGAAUUUCGAGAUCGCGUGGGCUGCGUUGACUUUGCGCUACGAACAAGCGGCGCUCGCUUAA